CCCGGCCGCCCGCCCCCGGCUCCGAGCGCUGCGCGGCGGCCAGGCAGCGCCCGUGCUAGUCCGCCCGGGCCACCAUGGCCGACGACUUCGGCUUCUUCUCGUCGUCGGAGAGCGGCGCCCCGGACGAGGACCCCGCCGCCGCCUUCCUGGCUCAGCAGGAGAGCGAGAUCGCCGGCAUCGAGAACGACGAGGGCUUCGGGGCGGCCGACGGGGGCCCGGGGCAGGCCCCGGACCUGGGGGCUGAUUUUGAGGACGUGGGGGCCACUGUGAACGGUGAGGUCUUCCAGGAAUCCAACGGCCCCACAGAUGGUUACGCAGCCAUCGCCCGGGCUGACAGGCUGACCCAGGAGCCCGAGAGCAUCCGCAAAUGGCGGGAGGAGCAAAAGAAACGGUUGCAGGAGCUGGAUGCUGCUUCGAAGGUGAUGGAGCAGGAAUGGCGUGAAAAGGCCAAGAAGGACCUGGAGGACUGGAAUGUGCGUCAGAGCGAGCAGAUGGAGAAGAACCGAGUUAACAACAGGAUUGCUGACAAAGCAUUUUACCAGCAGCCGGACGCCGAUGUGAUCGGCUACGUGGCCUCGGAGGAAGCCUUCCUGAAGGAGUCCAAGGAAGAAAACCCUGGCACGGAGUGGGAGAAGGUGGCCCAGCUGUGUGACUUCAACCCCAAAAGCAGCAAGCAAUGGAAGGACGUGUCGAGGAUGCGCUCGGUGCUCAUCUCCCUCAAGCAGACGCCCCUAUCCCGCUAGCCACCUGCCCAGCACGACUGAAGAGCGGCGGGGCAGGGGAGGCCAGCGGGCACGCUGGACAGGCACAGCAGGUUCAGUCGGACGCCAGCAAGGGGCACUGCUGCCCCUGCCUCCGCUCCCUUUGCUCCCUGGUGUGCGUGGCUGGUUUGGUUGGGUUGCUGGUUGUAACCGUCCCAAUUUUCCUUUGCUUAAAGGGUGCAUUGGUCUCUC